AUGUUUUCUAGAUUUAUUUUGAGAAAUUCUUCGGUUUUGCGAAUUCCAACAGCAAGAUCUAUGAAUAUAUCAACUAUAUCAUCUUAUAGUCGUAUGAGCGGUUUGAUAUGUAAGACGCCAAAUCCUAUGCUAAAAAUACCGAAACAGACUCUUCAAUUUCAAAAUCAUGUUUGUCAACCGAAGAGGCGCGAGUUCUCGUUGUUACUGACGGUAAUUGGUGGUAUAACGGCGCGGCGCUGGUGGUUUAAGCAGAUGCCUGAAAAAAAACAGAAGUUGGCGGACACAGCUUGGGCAUACCGCAAAGCAAUCGGUAUGACGGUGGCGACCGGGCUAGGCCUAGUUGGCACCUUUCUAUCAUCUUUCAUGGAACUGGAUUCAUGGACGAACCUCCGGCGUUUAUAUAUUUUCAACGACCAGGCGCUGGAGAAAAGCGCCGACCAUCAGGUAGCUAUUAUUUUGAACUCGGCGAAACAGUGCUGUCUUUUAAGCAAAGAACAUCCGACAUAUAAACGUGUUGCCGGUGUUGCAUCUCGACUGUUAAAUGCCAACGCCAAUGUUGACAUGAUCAGGAAUUACAAAUGGAAUAUAGUGGUAUUGGACAGUCCUCAUAUUAUCAAUGCAUUUGUCAUGACCAAUGGGUACAUCUUUGUGUAUACCGGGCUAGCGAAAAUAGCCAACGAUGACCAACUUGCAAUUAUAAUUGGACAUGAACUAGCACAUUGCUUACUUCGACAUCUAAAUAAUGAUAUCAGUGUCAAUUUGGCAAUGCACGUACUAUUCGUGUUGCCAAUAACUGCAGUCUUAACAGUCUUACUACCGUUUAGUAAAGCACUGUUAGCGAUCAUGUUUUGCCAAAUGGUUUUAUAUGUGGGCGUGAAGCUGACGAGGAAAAGAGCCUACGAGGUAGAGGCCGACCGCGUUGGUUUAGAAUUGGCCGCAAACGCGUGCGUGGACGUCACCCAGGGCUACUUAUUCUGGAAAUUCAUGUCUGUUAUAAAUAGUCCGUCCAGAGAAAUUUGGUGGAUGGAAACACAUCCGACAGACUUAAGCCGGGCACAGCAUUUACACAGUUUGAUACCAGCUGCCAAAGAACUCCAAAAAAAGGCCGGUUGCUAG